AUAUACUAUCUGAAGAAAAUUAUAGUAGACUUGAGCGCUUAUAACGAGUUAACGUACAAAUGUUUUGACUCUGUAAAAAUUAAAACACAGGCAGAACUUGAAAAGAAAAACUUGGCACAAACUUGAUCAAAAACUUACCAAAUUGCUAACAUUACCACCAUUACUGAUAGCUUCUCGGUUGACUAACUCAAUGCAUCAAACUUUCUUUUUGUGUCUUUUCAUCAGCAAAAUUCAUUAAUUUGACGACAAUGAAUUUUAUAUACAAGUAACAAGUAAUAAAAUGUUGAACAAAUCUAUUGGUUGUAUUAAUUUGGGCACUUAUAACGAGCUGAUCACGUGCAAAAGUUUUCGUGCUGAAGAAAUUAUAACAUAAGCAGAAGCUUGAAUAGUCAAGCUUGGCUAACGCUUUAUCAAAAACUUACCAAACAGCCAAAACUGCCAAUUAAUUUUCAAAUCUUUGCGGUUGAUUUUAUUACAAAGCAUUAAACUCUCAUUUUGUCUCAAAUUAUCAGCAGAAUUUUUCCAAGUUGUUUUCCUUAAUUUCCCCGAGAACUCAAAUUUCUGAAAUUUGCUGUAGAGAAAAAUUAAAUUGCAGUUUCUUUAAAUAUUUCUUGUUACUAGAAGAAAAAGACUGAACCUCCUAUUUCUAAAAGCUAGCUUCAAAAUCCAGAAAGUGCGGUGUUUCUGAGCUAAUCAAAUUCACAGUCAUCAAUCUUACCCGAUUUCAGUCACAAAAUGGCCUCGUCUUCAUCUUCCAAGACGAAUGACUUCAUUUCCAAUCAAUAUAGCCCUGCUGUCUGUCCCGGUUGUUCGGCGAGACUAACAGGCAAUGCGCCGGAACUUCCCUGUGGUCACCAAAUUUGCUUCCAAUGUGCGGUGACCAUGGAACGAUUUGGAGGUCAAAAGUGUCCAGUUGAGGGUUGUCGCCACAAUCAAACUGCCUUCCCAGAACGAAUUUCAGUCAGUAACUUACCAGUGAAAGCUGUAGCUGCAGUUGACAAUUCUUCGUUCACUGUACUACCACCGCCUUAUGACGCCUCUACAUCAAGACAACAGCUACCAGAGGAAACCGAAAGCCGAAUCAAAGAAAACGUAAACUUCUACUCUGGAGAAUCGGAUGACAUCAAAAAUAACGAACUGAAAAAACUUCUUGUAGUGGGGAAAACAGGAUCGGGCAAAAGUAGUUUGUGUAACGUACUGUCCGGCAACAAUUACGACGCGGAUUUAUUUGAAGUUUCAGCUGAAAGUAAAUCUUGUACCCAGAAAACAAACUUCAGGAACGUGUUUUUCAACGCAGACAGAACGAAACCUAUCAGCGUCAUAGAUACGAUUGGAUUUGAUGAUCCGAAUAAUGAUACUGAUGCUAAAAUCAUUUCUGAUCUCGUUGUCAAGCUCAAAAAUUACUGCGAUUAUGUGAAUUUAUUUCUCAUCGCUGUUAAUGGGCAAGAUCCAAGACUUGAUAGUUCUUUGAUUGGAAUGCUUAAGAUAUUCGAGCAAAUGUUUGGACUGAAUUUCUGGGGACAAGCGGUCAUUGUUUUUACUAUGCUGCCCAUGGAUAAUUACAACAUCGGAAACAGGAGGCGAAUAAAAAAACAGUCUGACGCUCAACUAGCUCUAAAAUAUAUACAAGAGUUGGGAAAUCAUUUUCCAAAGGCAAAAGGACUGAAAUAUCUUACUUUGGACGCUUGCCGCAAUCAAGAAAGCUCAGAGGAUGUUCAAGCAUUUGACAAGGGAGUGCGCGAUGUUUGGCAACUGCUGGAGAAAGCACCAAGGCUUCCUACUGAAAACGUUAAAAAGGUAGAAACCGAACAUCGUAAACUGAAACGCGAGAUCGAGCAGAAAGAAAAGCAAAUGGAAGAAAUGAAGAAACAGCAACAACUAGAACACGAAAGAAUGAAAGAAGAAAUCAAAAAGAUGCAAAACCAGUUCAACAAAGAAGUUGAGACAAUAAAAGCAAAGCAAGAUCAAGACCGAAAACAAAUGGAAACGAAACAUGCAAAAGAACUAAAAAAGUUAGCAGCGGAAGCAGACAAAAUUCGUUUAAAUCUUGAGCAGAAACUAUCUAAACUGGAAAAUGACAUGGCAAGGGAACUCGCCAAGAAGGAAGCAGAGCGCGAGAGCUUCCAAAAACAGUUUGAUGAGCAGAACAAGAAAACGGAAAAAUUACUUUCCGAGAAACUGGAUAAAAUCAACUUGCAGCAAGUUCAGCUACAACUUAAAUUGGAGAAGGAACAAGACAGCACAGAGUUAUUGAGAAAAAUGGAAGUUCUCAAAAAACAGCAAAAAGAUUUGGAGGAAAAACAUUCGAGUCAAAUAGCAGAACAACAAGAUAAAAUGAACCAAAAAGAGAAAGAGAUCGAAAAACAGAAACUGGAAUUGAAACUGAAAUAUGAGAAGGAGCAGCAAGAAGAACGGGAAAAAUGGGAGUCCAAAAUUUCAGAAGCAGAGAAAAAAUUGCAACAACAGCAAGCUCAGGCAUCAGAAAAUAAAAUCGAGCAGCAAAAACUAGAUGAUGAAAAACUAGAUGACGUCAAAACAGCCUCUACAUCAAGACAACAGCUACCAGAGGAAACCGAAAGCCGAAUCAAAGAAAACGUAAACUUCUACUCUGGAGAAUCGGAUGACAUCAAAAAUAACGAACUGAAAAAACUUCUUGUAGUGGGGAAAACAGGAUCGGGCAAAAGUAGUUUGUGUAACGUACUGUCCGGCAACAAUUACGACGCGGAUUUAUUUGAAGUUUCAGCUGAAAGUAAAUCUUGUACCCAGAAAACAAACUUCAGGAACGUGUUUUUCAACGCAGACAGAACGAAACCUAUUAGCGUCAUAGAUACGAUUGGAUUUGAUGAUCCGAAUAAUGAUACUGAUGCUAAAAUCAUUUCUGAUCUCGUUGUCAAGCUCAAAAAUUACUGCGAUUAUGUGAAUUUAUUUCUCAUCGCUGUUAAUGGGCAAGAUCCAAGACUUGAUAGUUCUUUGAUUGGAAUGCUUAAGAUAUUCGAGCAAAUGUUUGGACUGAAUUUCUGGGGACAAGCGGUCAUUGUUUUUACUAUGCUGCCCAUGGAUAAUUACAACAUCGGAAACAGGAAGCGAAUAAAAAAACAGUCUGACGCUCAACUAGCUCUAAAAUAUAUUCAAGAGUUGGGAAAUCAUUUUCCAAAGGCAAAAGGACUGAAAUAUCUUAUUUUGGACGCUUGCCGCAAUCAAGAAAGCUCAGAGGAUGUUCAAGCAUUUGACAUGGGAGUGCGCGAUGUUUGGCAACUGCUGGAGAAAGCACCAAGGCUUCCUACUGAAAACGUUAAAAAGGUAGAAACCGAACAUCGUAAACUGAAACGCGAGAUCGAGCAGAAAGAAAAGCAAAUGGAAGAAAUGAAGAAACAGCAACAACUAGAAAACGAAAGAAUGAAAGAAGAAAUCAAAAAGAUGCAAAACCAGUUCAACAAAGAAGUUGAGACAAUAAAAGCAAAGCAAGAUCAAGACCGAAAACAAAUGGAAACAAAACAUGCAAAUGAACUAAAAAAGUUAGCAGCGGAAGGAGACAAAAUUCGUUUAAAUCUUGAGCAGAAACUAUCUAAACUGGAAAAUGACAUGGCAAGGGAACUCGCCAAGAAGGAAGCAGAGCGCGAGAGCUUCCAAAAACAGUUUGAUGAGCAGAACAAGAAAACGGAAAAAUUACUUUCCGAGAAACUGGAUAAAAUCAACUUGCAGCAAGUUCAGCUACAACUUAAAUUGGAGAAGGAACAAGACAGCACAGAGUUAUUGAGAAAAAUGGAAGUUCUCAAAAAACAGCAAAAAGAUUUGGAGGAAAAACAUACGAGUCAAAUAGCAGAACAACAAGAUAAAAUGAGCCAAAAAGAGAAAGAGAUCGAAAAACAGAAACUGGAAUUGAAACUGAAAUAUGAGAAGGAGCAGCAAGAAGAACGGAAAAAAUGGGAGUCCAAAAUUUCAGAAGCAGAGAAAAAAUUGCAACAACAGCAAGCUCAGGCAUCAGAAAAUAAAAUCAAGCAGCAAAAACUAGAUGAUGAAAAACUAGAUGACGUCAAAACAGCCCAAUGGAAGAGCACUGUGGAGGCCAUGCUGACACAAAUGUAUGCAAAAGAACGCAAAAGCCCGGUUGAGGCGAGAACAGAGAUAUGUGACACUCUGAGUGCUUCUUAUCCUGAGAAGUGGUGGUGUGUCAGUUAUAAAUGGACAACGGAUGAUUGGGCACUACGAGUAAAGAAAGGAGUAGGAGAGUCGGCUGAGUGGAACAAUAUCGGUUAUUCGUUUAAAUUCGAUUUCUACGUGUGCACUGUACCCAUUGCACAUCUGAAAGAGAUAGGAGGAAAGUGUUCUGCAGAGAAAGAGAGGAAAGCAAAUGAAAUAAUAGAAAGUGUGGGUGGAAUGUUUCGGCAGAAGGGGAAGACAGUUAAUUUUGAGAGUGUAGCAGAUGAAGUGGUGUCUCGUUUGGACAAAGAAGGACUCAACUGGGUGCACAUAAACGUAUCACCUCGUUAUUUUAUUGCAAAAUCUUCUUCAGAAGCCAUCAGUCGUGUCUACAGUAGCAUUUCCGGAACAGGAAAAACACUCAUAAUCUCGAUCUUCCUAACAGCCUAAACAUUGCAAUACCUAUAAUCAAUUCAUUAUUUGUCCUUUAUUGUCGUUAACACUUGGAUCUACAUGACAAUCAAUUUGAAUGCAAAAAUCAAAUAAAAAUAAAUUGAUUAGAUAUGCUUUCUUUUAUGAAAUAAAUAAUAUUUCUUUAGGAAUUUUCAACUGAAGAUUUCAGGUCAUUUUGACUAAACUUCUUACAAAAUUAAGGGAAAUGAAAGGCUCUGUCAAACUGAAUAUUGAUGACGUGUUUUAAUUGCUGAAAUCCUGGGUUGACCUUCAUAGACCAAAAAUGUUAAUCAUACAAUUCCAUAAACUAAUCCGCAUUGAGCGCCCAUGGUUCAUAAUCGAUUAUAUUGUCAUAAUAUGGACAGUAUCUAUAA